CCAUUAAGAUUGCUUUUUUUUUUAGAAUGACUGACGUUGUAAGUAAUUGACUCACAUGUUAAAUGUUUGGUCGUUAGCUAAUCAGCUAAGGCCGGUAAGGAUGGAACACAAUCCAAACCACAGUUCUUGGUCAAUACUCAAUACCAGAAACCAAUCGUGGAAAUAUGAUUCUGAGUUGUUUGGCAUCAGUCAAAUGAAAGAAAAGAGGCGGAGGGUGUUACUUUCUUUCAAAAGAAUGGGAAAGGGAGAGUAUAUGUUUAUAAACUAAUGGCAAUUUUUUAUAGCCUCAAAGCAGUGAUGUGAUUGGGAGAAUUUAGUCUCACCUCAGCUUGUAUUCAUUUCCCUUGGAGCAGAAGUCUAUAUUAGAGCUUCCAAUGCCUGGUUUAGCCUCAUUGUUAAGCAGAAAGUCGAGAAAUUUUUAUCAAGAGGCAAAUAGAUGAAGAGUUGUGUGGCAUGGUACCCCGUUAUGCUAAUGCUGGCCAUCGAUUUUGCCUUUGCAAUUACUAAUGUGCUUCUCAAAAAAAUUAUCAUUGAUGGAAUGAACCAUUUAGUCUUCAUCACUUAUCGACAGUCAAUUUCCACCAUAUUUUUAGCCCCAGUCGCCUUUUUUGUCGAAAGGAACACCAGACCAAAACUCACCCCACGCAUUCUGUGCCACCUUUUCUUAUUAGCGAUUGUUGGGGCAUCUGUUACUCAGUACUUGUUCCUGAUUGGUGUCGAAUACACAUCUGCAACUUUCGCUUGUGCUUUUCUGAACAUUGUUCCUGUGGUCACAUUCUUAAUGGCAUUGCCUUUUGGGUUGGAGAAAAUAAGCAUCAGAAGUAGCAGUGGAAGGGCGAAAGUGAUUGGCACACUAAUAUGCCUGGGAGGUGCCCUUUUACUGACUUUCUACAAAGGCUUGCCUUUGGUUAAAUUUCCACCCUCAGAAGCCGUGGCUGUUGAAGAAACAAUCAGACGGGUAUCUUCCCAACGACGAGAAAGGUGGAUAGAUGGUUCACUGGCAUUGUUUGCUGGCACGCUGUUUUGGUCCUCGUGGUUCCUUCUUCAAUCAAAUGUAUCCAAGAGUUACCCUUGCCAGUACUCCAGCACCGUUAUCAUGAACUUCUUUAGCGCCAUUCAGUCUGCUGUGCUAACGUUGUGCACUGACAGAAGCGCUUCCAUUUGGAUCCCGACAAAGAAGAUUGACAUGGCGAAUGUCGUAUAUACUGGGUUGGUUAGUUCGGGAUUAUGCUUCGUGGGAAUGUCGUGGUGUGUGAAGAAGAGAGGGCCUGUUUUCACCGCGGCGUUCAGUCCUCUGGUGCAAGUAAUGGCAGCCAUGGUCGACGUUCCCAUUCUACACGAACAGCUCCAUCUAGGAAGUGUAAUAGGAUCGGUGAUAGUAAUUACUGGGUUGUACAUUCUGCUGUGGGGCAAGAACAUAGAAAUACACAAAGUAGGCCAAGAAAGGGAAGAUGAAAAGGACACAGAAUCAGCAUUUCAAGGAGUUGUUGAAGACAAUAAUAAUUGUGAAUCAAGAAUACCAUGAUGAUCAGUCUUGUUGUUCAUGGAACAAUUAUUUCUGAUCUCAUAUUCCUCCCUUUAUGUUAAUUAAAGAAACUCUCUUCUUACUUUCUGUCCUUCCAACAUAUUUUUGUGGACUGAUUUUCCUUUCAAUGAAUCUAUCUCAACACUGCUGUUAGGCUA